CCGUGAUCAUGGAGUACCUCGCCUCGGUGUAUCCCGUCCCUACAAUCUAAAAAAACGUCAGAGCCCCGAGUAAGCGGUUAAACACAGUCCAAAAUCCUCCUGAUCAGAUUCAUAAACGAUUUAUCCCACAAAAAACCCGGUGAUCCCUUGUUUCUGCGCCAAGUGUUGGUGAAAACAGUGAAGUGUCUCCCGAAACUCGGGAUAAUUCAGUGGAUUACUAAGUCAAACGACGUUGUAAAAUAUUUUCCAAGUGAUUACCAGUGAUUCAGAGUGAUUGGCCAACAGUUUUUAGUAGUUCUGUGGUUGACAGUGUAUUUAUUAGGAUUUUUUAUGAGGAUUCGUGGCCAAUUUGUAUAAGGAUUCGUGGCCCAAAAAUCGCUGGGCAGAACAGGGUGGUUACUAGACCUUUAGGUUACUUCUUCCGGUGCAAGGGGUAAAAAUGAUGGUAAAAUUCACCCCAGUUGAUAUUUCAGUAAAAUGCGUCGUAUGAUGAAUUAACUUUGCAUAAACCGGUCCCAUUGACCUCGAGGCCUGAUACCAUAAAGUAUAAAACGUCAUCGUUGAACAUGAAAUGACGGGAUCAAGGACCAUAAAGUGAUAAAAGGAGAACAGUAUUGAAAUAAGUGAUUUGUUCGUUGAAUGUGGAGUGCUAUAUCGCGUCUCUUCGUCGCGAAACCAAGGUCGUCGACGAAGACACUGGAGCCGGGUGAAGAAGCCGGCCGAUCAUCCUUCAACAGUAACCACUGGCAGAACGUUAAUUGCGUGGCUGAGGCCGAUACGGCUGUCCAUGUUUUCGAUUCGAUGGACCGUAACAUGGGAGAUGAUAGACGAAAGAUCACUGGUGAACAGCAGCAGGAUUCUGAGUACUUUGGGGAAACCAAUGACACACGACAAGCCAAACAACGUGCCUCCAUGAAAUGGCUAUUAUCCAAGGCAUACAACAAUCGAGUCCCCGAAAACCUACGGGAGCCGUACUACCGUGAUCUUGAGGAUCAGGAGCACUUGAAACCCCAGAUAGUCCACUCUUUAUCAAAUGCCGAACUUUACUGCCUGGCCCUCGCCAACAUCUACUCAGAUCCCAACUAUCACAAUCAGAAUCACUUGGGUAUCCUUCAAGCAUUGGCUCGCAAGGGUGUAUUUGUCAAUGAGCCCAACAACACAUCCCUCACCGAGACCAUUCUCAUACAGAAUUCACCUCUCAAAAUGUCUGCACAUAUGGCUGUGAUAGCGGGUCUGAUGGUCUUGUACGCUAAAGAAGUGGUUACUGGUGAUCGUGUUGCAGCGGCAAUUCGUAGAUUUGAUCCACAGGCAUUGGUAGAUGUACCUCAAGAUCACGAGAAGGGUCUUCUACUGUGGAUAAGCCAUGCUUCACAUGCACUUAUUGCUAAGAUACAGGCUGAGGAGGGCCAGGGGGACAGGACAAAACUUCCUGAAUUACCACCGGCCAAGGACUUUCAGUCGUUGUGCGAUGGAGUUGGCCUAGCUGCUGUUGUUGCAUUCUACUGUCCUGGGGAACUCAACUGGAUGGACAUAAGGGUUUCCAAGAGGCCGUCUGUUGCUGAUGCACUUCACAAUCUGUCGCUAGUGCAUGCAUUCUGCCUGAGGUGUCUACCUUAUUCUAUUUUUCAUAUGCUACCGGAGGAUGUCACGUACAUGAGAGGAUCAAUGAAACAAAAUCUUAUUGUCUUUCUCGCUGACAUGUACAACGUUCUGGAAAUUCAUCCAGUAAAGUGUGUACGUUAUCCUGGGGAAGAACGGGCCAGCCAGUAUCUCGAUGCUUGCCCACGUAAUAGUCACGGGGUAGCACAUAAAAGAAGUCUACCACAGUCUAUAGCGCCAAUACCUGAUCUGAGAAGCAACCUCUCCAUUUCCGCGCCAGGUUUCACAGUUGCAAAACCAACGGCCAUGAGUUUCGUUAAAAAAUCCCAGUCAAUGCAGCAAACUGCUGAGGCUCACUCCUAUGACGAUAGAAGAGGUCCAUCGGAGGAAAGUUUUGUAGUUCAUCGAAAUAGGGGAAUUCCAACAUUGAGCUCAGUGAGUGACGAAAGGAUGAUAAAGGCAGAGGCUGCUGGACGGCCUAGUAAUUGGGAGGACCAGAGGAGGAGUUCUUAUGCUGGUAGAAGAUCCAGACGCAAUAGUGUCACUGAUGAUUCUCAAUUGACUAUUGAAAAUUUUGGUGGAUCUCAGGACAAUUUGCACAAUUUUGGAUGUGUAAGAAAUCCUGACAAAGAGCUAGUGCAUACAGGGAAACGAUCAGUUCCCGAGCCAAAUCUCCCAGUGCGUUCGAGUGUCCAAGAUGUUUAUGGAAGUGAUGUUCAGCAUAUUUUAGCUGACAAUGGUUACAGUAACAAUGAACCAACUCCUCGUCUCAGGCGACAAGCAUCCAAUUCAAGUCUCAAUAACGUAGCACUAAAGAACCUUCUACAUUCCACUGAUAAUGAACAAAUUGACGGUGAAUCAACGAAAAUGGCGAGUUUUGCUAAUUUGAGUAGACAAAGCUCGGAGAAGGGAAUUAAUUUUACUUAUGGUGAGCAACAGGAGCGCGGUGAUACGGAGAUGAGGGGGAAUUUUGUUAGUAAAAAACAUGGACAGAGCAAUGGCAAUGGAAUUGGGGAGAAGAAGACUACUUUUGCUACUUUACCAAAUACAACAACGUGGCAACAGCAGAGCAGUCUGCAGAGCCAACAGGCAGAGCCACAUUCUAGUGAUGGAGAUGGAAGUAAUAUCGUAAUUGCAGCUCAAUUGAACAACAUUCGAUUGCAAUUGGAGGAGAAACGUCGACAGAUAGAAACUGAAAAACGUAGAAUGGAGGCGAAAGCUUCGAAGCAGAGGGAACAAGUGGGGAAAGCGGCUUUUCUCCAGACAGUGACAAAGGGUAAGGUUAAAUCACCCUCGUCAUCGGCAUCAGGCGGUGACAGUCCCGUGGAGCAUGCUCCCCCCACUCCAAUGACCCCAGGGUCAUCAGGUGAUACAACAGCGUGUAAGGAGUCUUCGGCACAUCAAAAUAUACCAGAAAAACCCCAGCGCCCUUUCACACUCAAGGAAAUAAGGGAGGACGUCAGAGAUGUUGAGCAUAAGUGGCUGGAGCAUGAUGGUAGUACAGUUCCUUUCAUCGAGACACGUCGCACCCCAGACCUUGAGAAUAUGGAUCUCGAGCAGUAUCACCAGUCUAUCACUCAGCGCAGAAUGAACAGCAGUCUCAGUGAAAUUCACGCCGACAUUCAGAGACUCGCUAGUCAGCAAACUCAAAUGCAACAAAAUCAGUUUAUUAAUCAGCAACAGCACAUGCAACAGCAAUUUCAACAAUUGCAAAGUUAUAAUCAGCAACACAUGACAAGUUACGGAAUGCCUCCUAUAAAUCCCAUGACACCAAGAAUUCAAGAUCCUCAAGCGGGUCAAUUUUAUCUCCACGAUCAACCCCAAAUGCAGAGAAGAACGUGGGCAAGGCCACCGCAAAAUUUAGCCAAUGAAAUGGCAGCUGUGAGCUAUCAACAGCCCGUGGAUCCCAGAUACAGUCCUCAGCCACCUGUUUAUCAACAGGAUCCAAGAUUAUACCAUGACACGAGGACCUGGGUUGGUCCUCCACCUCAGCAGAAGGGCUUCGUCCUCCAUGACAACCCCCAAGAGCAGAGGUACCACAAUGGUGGUGAUCACAGCCUCAUAAACAGUCAGAUUCAUCAUUCACCAGCAAAUUAUCCUCAACCAUCGAAUUUGUUCACACAAACACCACCUGCGUCUGCUAGUCCUCAGCAUCGAAAUGCUGUGCAUCGGAUAAGUCAGCUGAUGGGUGAGAGCCCGGAGCCGAAGAAGCCGAUAAUCCACCACAUCCCAAUGACCUGUGAAAGUCCAACGGAAAAGCGUCCUAGCAAUGCGCUGUUGCACACGCCAGUACCGGCACCACCGGUGGACGAUAUGGAGCCACAAAAUAUAUCAUUCAUUGGUAAUGACGAUGAUCUCGCACAACGAAUUCCCAGACUGCAUAUCACAUCAGGCAGUAGAACGUACAGAAUAUCAUCACCCACGAAAACAACACCCUCUCGUAAUUCAUUUCAACCUCACACAUCACUACGCGAGGCAUCACCAUCUCCCUCAGCUACACCUGAGAUCACUCCGUUGGAUCCUGCUGAUGCAGGAGAGAAGGGAUUUUACAUUUCAUUCGACAAUGAUGCCCCUAAGAAGCCGAAACCAGCGUUGAGAGUCAAGAGAUCACCUAAAAAGGAAAGAACAGUUUCCGCAUUCAUCGAGCACGAGGAUUUUUCAGCCCGCCCAGACUCACCACCAGUCAAUCCCAUAGAUCGCCAAAGGCAUAUGGAUGUCCAGAGAGAUCUCGAGCGUGAGCGUCAGCGUCAAGCAGAGGAGCGUGAACAGCAGCGUCAGGAAUUGAGGGAUCGUGAACUCCAAAGGGAGAUAGAUAAGGAGAGAUACAGAGAAGACAGACAACGUACAGGAGAAACUCGUCCCACUGGGGUUGGCCUGGUUAUUGGUAAUGAACUGGCUAAUCCAGAUCCCAAUUCUCUGGACGAGAUGGAGAAGAAGAAAAAGCAGUUCAUGCUGGCGUCUCUUCAAAGGCGCCAGCAGCAGGGUGAAUUGAAGGAGAGGAAAGAGGCUGAGGCACUCGCUAAACGAGAGAGGGAGAAGUUGAAGGAGGAGGAGAGAGCCAGGAAGAAGGAAGAUGAUAGGCAGAGACGAGCUGCUAUUCUUGAACAGUACAAGCUGAAAAAAUUGAAGGAAGAGGCUGAACGUGAGGGAAAGGUUCUUGAUAAGGAAGUUCUAAAUGCCAUAAAACAAACCCCAAAGUUACGUAGUAAGACUGCAACAUCGGCUAGGCCACGACCGAAAACCAUAGCCGUUGAUCACUCGGAAUUAGAUUCUGGUACACUGACGCCUAGUCGUGGGAAGAAGGGAUCUUCCUCAAAUCUCAGUACAGCGACGCUGAUCUCACCAACAAUGAAGCGAGAUUACUUCAGAGGCUCGCAGGAUACUCUCAUUGCCGCCCAUUACGAUGACCGGCGCACAGGGCCCUUCUAUAGGGGCGGCAGUCUCAAGGUAUCUUCCGUAGAUUCGCCAGACGAUGGUAGAGGUUGUUCACCGUGUCGCAGUACUACUCAACUGGGACGAAGGGGCUCCUACAAGACAUCGAGAGAUACGCAGGAGCCUCAGCAACAGGUUAGAGGCAGGACAAAAUACCCGACUUACCAAAACUUUAAAGGGAGAAAAUCAAAUUCGUUGAUGAAUUUGUGUGAUACUGAUAGUGGUUUAGGGCGUGCAACACCACCGAGGAGGGCACCGAGUCCUGGAAUGGGUGGAAGUACUAAACAUUUGAAUUCACCUUCUUCAGGGCCAGGAUCGCUGCCACCUGGUCUCAUGUCCAAGAGAAAAUUCGAUGACGGCAGUAGUGAUAUCAGUAGCACAGCUAGUUCUAUGAUGGAAUAUAAUGGCCCUCGACUCUAUAAACAACCAACUACCAAAUCCAAUCGUGGAAUAAUGCUAAAUGCAGUUGAAUACUGUGUAUUCCCGGGGACUGUUAACAGAGACGCUAAAAGACGUGUUUUGGAUGAAAUUGGAAGAUCAGAGAGCAAACACUUUCUCAUUCUAUUCAGGGAUGCCGGAUGUCAAUUUCGUGCUCUCUACUCAUACUGCCCGGACACAGAGGAAGUUGCUAAACUUUGUGGGACGGGGCCCAAACAAGUGCUUGAAAAUAUGUUCGACAAAUUUUUUAAAUAUAAUUCUGGGGGUAAAUGUUUCUCCCAAGUCCAUACAAAGCAUCUGACAGUGACCAUAGAUGCCUUCACGAUACACAAUAGCCUGUGGCAAGGAAAGAAGAACAAUCUACCAAACAAAAAGGACAUGGCCCUCGUCAUAUAGUUUUACCCUCAAUUACCACCCAAAAAUAACAAAAACCCCUCUGUUGUUCAUAGUUAUCAUAUUUUAAUACAAAAAAGUAGACCCCACUGUUUAAUUAUCGACAGUCAAUGGUUAUUAAAUGGUUAGUCAGUUAUCAUUUUCAUCGAUCGUUCACGUUCAAAAGCUCUCAAAAAAAAUUUUUUUCGUGUUUUUAUUAAUUUUUUAUACUGAGGUGUCGAUCGAGCAAUUGAUACAUUUUUUUUCUCAUCAAAGUUAUCAAAAGAAUUAAAAAUGUCAAUGUUUCAUUGAUUAAAGACUAACCAAGACAUAAGCUUCGUAAUUCUUAUUCUGAUUAUCUUUUCUAUUUCAAUUUUUCAUUAAGAAGAAUCGAAGCAAAUUUUUUGGCUUCCAAUUGAUAUGACACGAGGAUUACAUAAGUCGUAAUUAAUUGAAACUGCUGAUUCUAAUGGGAAAAUAAUCGUGAGAAUAUUAUUCAGAUUUUUCACAUUAAAUUUAUUGAUACAUUAGAAUUCGCCGUUUUUAAUUGUCAGCAAAUUUUUCUCUAGCUCUCAGCUGUUGACAGUUGGGGCUUUACUUCAUAACAAAAAAAAAAUAAAAAUAAAGAAUUAAUGAUUUGAAAAACUGAUCUUUGCUUGUUGAGCAAUUCAUGGACAUAAAAACGUAGUUUUGUAAAUAAUUGAGUGAUGGAGUGAUUGAAAAAUUAAUGAGAGAAUACCAAAUCAAGCCUUAAAGUCAAUCUGGGCGUUGAGAUGCAUUAUUCAUUAGGUUUCCCCUCCUCAUUUAUCAUUUUUGUUUUAUACGUGGAGUGUAGGGAGAAGAAAUCACAUUGAAUUUCCACUUGUUUUUUACGCAACGCAAUUCAUUUCUUUUUUUUUUUUCAUUUUUUUACAAGUUGUUAUGAGUGGAUUUGGAUUUGUGAAGUGUUUCGUAGUUCAUUAUUCAUCUCGUUGAGAUAAUGAAGGCAGAACGAAAUGAUAUUGUCGAAAAAUCCUUAAUCCCCUUGUAUUACCAGAAUUCCUUAUCUCUCAUGUUUGUUUGGAUUUAAUAUUGAAAUUAUCCAUUACCAAAAAAAAAGAUUGGGUUUCAAUGAUGGCAGUAUUUCAGGCAGUAUUCUUUCGAUGAACAGCCCAACAUUACUAGGCACGGGUUAAUUACUCGAAAAAAUCAUGAAUUUAAUUACGAGGGAAGUGUCUCCAGGCUUGUGUAUGUAAAACCCAAGAUAUUUAAUUUAUUGUGCCAUAAAUGGGCGAGCCAAUUUCCUCGUAAAAUUCUCAUAUUCUCUCACAAAUUAUUGGAGUUUAUAUUUAUUUAAAAUAAUGCAAAAGAAUGUAACUGACAUAUCGAUUGAAAAAUCUCAAUGUUUUUGGUCGAAUUUCAUUAACAAAGAUUUUGAAAAUUUAUGGAGAAUAUUAAGCAGAUUAUCUGUUAAUGAAAAAUUAUCUCGGGACGAUCUUCAGAUGUAAAGAGAGAAUCCAUCAGAAUUGUUGCACGGAUUAAACAUGUAAAUUCGUAAUUUCAGUUAUUGAAACAGUCCGAUAUGACAAUAUACGCGCGUUUGAAUGCCAUAAAAAAUUUAUGAACGUUCUCAAGUCCCUCGAACAAUAUAGACAUUGAUUGAAUGAAAUUUUGCAUAUGAAUGGCUAAACGUCUGAUUACAUUUCUUAUUAAUUCUGUAAUUACUUCCGUAAUGAGUGACUUUAGGAGGAAAAAUUAUUCCGAUAGUUCCUGAUGCAAAUGAUAAUUACAGAAGUAAUUGCAUUAUUAAUAGACUAGAAUGAGCAAUAUCAGUUCGUUUCCCAACUCAAUUGAAAUUUGCAUGGAAAAUAUUUUGAGAUUUUCGAUGAAUGAUGGGAAAAAUUUAUCUCUUUAAAAAAUACUCCCCUCGAGGACCUGAUAACAAAGUCUCCGAAUAAAAAUAAUUAUUAAUGCCGUCAUGAACUGUCAAGGCUUGAAAAUGGAAAUUAGAAAGAAGUUUUGGAAAGUUGUGAGAACAUUUUGAAAGGGGCACAGACCACCCGUAUUUUUCUGAACAAUUGAAAUAACUGAGUUUCAAAAUUACGGCCGAGAGGAGCAACGGACACUGAAAAGCUCUAAAAAAAUCUGAAUAAAUUCUGAAGCCUCGGAGUGAUUGCUAGAGCUUUGAGUGUAUAUUUUUCAAUAAAAAUCCAUCAAAAAGGAUAAUUAAAUACAUUAAUUAAUUCUUGGAAAUCACAGGACUUCGGAAGAGAACGAGCGACCAUGAAGGAUGCAUAAAAUAUGUUGCAAUUAAGUAUAAAACCUAAAAAAACUAAUUAAACGACGAAUCAAUAAAAAAAUAUUACUGUGAGAGGGAUAAAUGUUCGAGUGCGAUGUUGAGUGUAUGAAAAUGCUGCCGUAAAUCGCUUAUUAAUUAACAAAUAGAGACAAAUAAAUAAAUAAAAGGCAUAAAAGAAUUAAUUAAUGAAGAAUUCAAUGAAAGAUGAACAAUUACCCAAUUACAGUUAUGCAAACAUAAAUUUUUAUCGUCAUCACUAGGGAAAAUAAAGAGAAUAAAAAAAAUGUGGAUGGAAAUGUGACCUCUGUCGAGUUGAUAAUUUUUCAAUUUACCCAUGUCUGUAAAUAUUAUGUUUUUAUAUAUACAUAUAAACGAAAAAAAAGAUGGAACUACUACUCGAUGAUAUAUUUACUAAGUCAAGUAAAAUUUUGGGUCAUAUUUUACUGUUAGUGUCUUGAAAACAAAUGUCAUCAAUAAAAACCCAAUAACCCAA